AUGCAACGCUUCACCACAUAUGUGCUGUGCAAGUGAAACACAGCGUGCCAAUACAACGUCGGGAUAUCUGAAGCUGCUUUACAUCUCACAUCCACUACUAUGCUCGAAUUACACGUUUGGGGCCCGGCAUUCGGUCUCCCAUCCCUCGACGCGCAUUGCUUAGCUGCAAUAGCUUACCUCCAACAAGCUGUUCCCCGCGGCAAGUGGCAGCUGAUAGCAAGUAGUGAUCCAGGACUGAGCCCAACCAAUGAACUUCCCGCCCUCCGAAACGCAGAGAUAUGGAUCGGAGGCUUCCGCAACAUAUUCCACUACAUCGCGCAACUCUCAGCCGGGGAAUGGGUCCUCGACGCCGGGCUCCCAGAACAAGAGGGCGCGGAUUGCAUCGCGUUCUCCUCAUUCGUAGAAUCCCACGGCCAACCCCUCCUCGACCUCUCGCUCUACGUAUCCUCGCAGAACUACAGCGCCGUAACGAGACCGCUGUUUAACACCAUUCAAUCGUUCCCCCUACCGUAUCUGACCCCGCCUGCGCUCCGAGCGGCUGCCAAAGCGAGGACAGAGCAUUUAAGGCUGGCAGGGCUGGAUAUUGAUGUUGAGGAUGGACAGCAGCUCUCGCAGGAACUGUCUUUUAUACCGGAUAGUCUGCGGAGGCCGAAGAACACGGUGUCGAGCCUGCUAGCUGCGUCACCGGAAGCGAAUGCAAGGAUCAGACUCGAUGCCCUGGCUACGGAUUUCCUGGAGCCGUUGCAGAGGCUGAGAGGUAGGAAGCAGUUCUUUGUUUCGGAUGCGCAAUUCUCGAGUCUGGAUUGUCUGGCGUUGGGAUAUCUGUGCUUGAUACUCAUCCCUGACCUUCCUCAGCCGUGGCUGGCGAAAACCAUGAAAGCGAAGUUCCCAGCGCUGUGUGAGUGGACGGAGGGUAUGCGGGAUACGGUGUUUAGCAAGAAUGUUAGUUUGAACGAUGCGUUUUUGACGAAGCUGGGGGAUUCGGAGUUGGAUGUUAGAUUGCGGAGAUUGAGGGGACGAGGACAUUUACCGUGGAGAGCGCCAGAGAAUAGGGGUGCGGCGGCGGUUGGGAGUGCGUUUGUGGCGAGGAUGGCGGAUUCGAUACCGGUUGUUGGGCAGUUGAGGAGGAAUACGAGGAUGCGGCAGCAUGGAGGGAAGACGCCUGGGGAGGGGACGCAGGAUUCGCGGUGGGGGUAUCUGUAUGCUAUUGGAGGACUGAUUGCGGGGUUGGGUGUCGUAGGUGGGUAUCUUUUCCAGCAGGGGUUGAUUUCGUUUCCGGUUGGAGAUGAGGAGAAGCGUGGUUUGGAGGAUUUUGGAGAGGCGGGGCGGGCGUUGUCGUUUUUGGCGGAUCAGAUGGAUGGUCAGGUGCAGAGAGAGAGGAUGAGAGAGGGGAAUUAUAGUCAUGGGGCUCCUAUAGCGGAGGUUGAUAUUGAGGUUGAGAAGGAUGGGGUUGUGGCUGUAGAGACGGUGUCUUGAAGAGCAAAGGAUAGUUGAAUUGAAAGUUAAAUGAUGAAGU